AUUAAUAGCGAGUGAACAGCUGUGAAAUAGUGUAAUUUUAAAACCUUCAGGACAUUAUUGGACUCGUCCUUUCUGUAAAAUAUACAAUAAAAUUGAUGAAUAAUAUUCGUCACAUUUAAUGUAUUGUAACUUUCACCUGAUUUCGUAAUAAAAAUUAAUAAUGGAACUAUAUUUGGAGGAGCACGGCUCCAUUGCCAGUACCUUUUCACGAUCAGUGUGAUUUUGAAGCGUUUGGCUGGAGGGUGAGCAAUGAUAAGCGAGCUAAUGGUACAGUUUUGCAUUACAUUUGACAACUUUAAUGUGGAAAAAUCUCCUUUGAUAUUUCGGAACAUGCAUGGAGGAAUAGUUUGAUUGUGGCAUGAUUGACUCCAUGCAGAGCGUCUAUGGCCGAGCAACCUAACUGUGUGUCAGGGGGGUCUGAAUCGCUUCUCGAUACAGCAGGGGCUGCCGUCACACAGAAUACAGGAAGAUUCAAAACUGGACUGAGUGGAUCAAGGAAGCGUGGAAAUCCAUCCAGCCAUCAAACACCUAGCAGGAAACGAACCCGGAAAGACAGUCUGACAGGUGCUCUCACAAAAGCAGAUAUUCUUGAAGAAAGCAGUGCAUCACUGUCAUAUCUACACACAACUCAAAGGUUCCACAAGGAUUCUGUUGCCACAGAGUCUGUCAAUUGUAGCACACUGAACAGAAUCAGUAGUCCAGCAGUUGGUCUGUCAGGUGGCCCAGAUAAGAAGUCAUCUGUGCUGGGCGCAGUACACAACAGCAAUUACUGUAGAGCAAUUAGUGGUACAAAAGGCAGAGGUUCAAGAGGAAGAGGACACGGCAACAAAGCUCAAAAGAACAACUGCAAUUUUGAUAUCACCGUACCACCUGUUCAUCCACUAGGAACAGUGCGUGGAAGACUUGGUGGACAUUCUCUGGGCAUCAGCUCAGUGCAGUCUGAGAGCAUUGCAGUGUCAACGCGAUCUCGUGCUGCUGCAGCAGGAAGGAACCCAGAUCAAAGCAGCUCUGCUGAACAGCCCAGGGGCUUCAGCAAGAUUGACCACAGAGCAGCAACAACUGCGGCUAGAGGUGGGCGAGGGAGCAGAGGAGGCGGAAUCAGCAGUAGUAACUCGUCCAGAAGUUCAUCUCGAGGCGUCCAACCGAAAACUGCAAGUGUAAUUUCAUCUGGACCAACGAGAGGGAAGGCUGUUAACAACCGGAGGAGCUCUCGUUCCAGCUCUGUGGCAUCUGCCUCUGGAACAGGAGAAGACUUACUUCCUGCUUUGCAGUCAGUGUUGACAGCAAAGACUACAAGAAAACCAUCAUCUACAUCCACCUACCCUUACAGCAGAACUUCUAGUGCCACAACAAGCCAGGAGUCAGGAACCCGGUCACAGAAUAGCCAAACUAAAGCAAGUGAAACAUUCAAUAAUCGCAAAGUAACUACCUCAGAAAGCAAGUCGAACACUGGGGCAACUAAGAAACACCACACAGUAGCACAUCAACAAGAAGUCAGGGUUUCAAGCUCUGGCAGGAGACAGCGCAACAGGAACAAUAACAAUAACAACGUAACCAUCACAGGAGCUUCUCUUGGGGUAGGGGCAAGUGCAACUUGGGAAGUUAACAGUGACAAAAACACUCCAUUGGAUACUGUUAGUUGCAAGAGUUAUUCAACUUCAGCAUCAUCUUACACUCGUCCAGGGAGCAGCCAGUCAGGCAAGAGCAUUGGCAGGGGUAGAAAAAGAGAUUUGACAGCACAUUCAGUAUCAAACAACAAGAUCAUCACAGAAACAGGUGUACCAGUAGCCCAAGUGAAGAAAUAUCCGCUUCGUAGUCAGGUACGACUUGGCAUUUCAGAGACAGCUGCCACCACCAACAGUGUGAGCAUAGCAACUACCACCCAAACACAGAGACGCGGCGGCAUCACCGUGGUACCCAAGAAGAAGGCCAAGGUUGCUGACUCCACCAGGAAUCUGGGUGGUACCCAAUCAACUGUCAGUAACAGUGGUACUGCCACUCACAACAGAGAGGUUCCAGGAACAGGUGGCGGAGGAGGAACCAACGGUACUCAGGCAGAGGGAAGAGGGCACCUGUUACGGCGCAGCACUCGGAGCAAGACCACCACGGGGUCCUGUGCCAGCAGCAGUCGCCGCUCGUCCCAGGCUGGAAAGGUUCCCCUGCCAGGGGCCACCUCUACGGCCGUUCCUUCGAGCGGAGGAGCAGGAGGAAUGUCUUCAAGUAGUGGUCAGGGGCAGGAUGCCUCAAGCAGUGGUGCACUGACACCGGCCGGAGCAGCCUCUGCCAAUGGAGUUCCAGUCCCUGCAAGUACAGUGGGUGCAGCUGGAGAUGAACGUGCAGUCCAUCAUGCAACGGUACCAUCAGCUGGAUCUGCAUCUGGUCCAUCAGGGGUGACCAGCUCUGCGGCAGACAGUGAGAGUGAUGACAGUGAAGUUGGCCGACUGCAAGCCCUGCUGGAGGCCAGAGGUUUACCCCCACAUCUGUUUGGAGCCUUGGGUCCAAGAAUGCAAACCUUGUUGCAUCGUAGCAUGGGUGCCAGUUCAUCUUCGAAAGCACAGCAGCUUCUACAGGGCCUGCAAGCCACAGGGGAUGAGGGGCAGCAGUUACAGGCUGUGAUUGAAAUGUGCCAGAUGUUGGUGAUGGGAAAUGAGGACACACUGGCCGGGUUCCCAGUCAAGCAAGUGGUUCCAGCUCUUAUCUCCUUGCUGGGCAUGGAGCACAACUUUGACAUGAUGAACCAUGCGUGUCGAGCUCUAACAUACAUGAUGGAGGCCCUUCCUCGAUCUUCGGCUGUGGUGGUGGAUGCUGUGCCUGUGUUCCUAGAGAAGCUGCAAGUAAUUCAGUGCAUGGACGUGGCAGAGCAGAGUCUGACAGCACUUGAGAUGCUGUCUCGCAGACACAGCAAGUCUAUUCUUCAGGCACGUGGAGUUGCAGCCUGCCUUAUGUACCUGGACUUCUUCAGUAUCAAUGCUCAGCGUGCAGCAUUGGCCAUCACAUCCAAUUGCUGCCAGAAUCUUCAUGCAGAUGAAUUCCACUUUGUGGCUGAUUCACUGUCUCUUCUGGCAAACCGGCUUACACAGCAGGAUAAGAAGAGCGUUGAGAGCGUGUGUCUUGCCUUCAGUCGACUUGUAGACAGUUUUCAGAAUGACCCCAGCAAACUCCAAGAAAUUGCCAGCCCUGGACUCUUAACUAAUCUGCAGCAACUGCUGGUUGUGUCUCCACCAGUAAUCAGCACAGGAACAUUCAUCACUGUUCUGCGAAUGUUAUCUGUGAUGUGUGCCAGUUGUCCUGAUCUGGCCUUGAUGCUGCUCCGACAGAACAUUGCUGAAACUCUGUGUUACCUUCUCACUGGCUCUGGAGAUGCCAAUGUGGAUGAGGUAGAACUGGUGUCACGCAGUCCCCAGGAGCUGUAUGAAAUAACGUGCCUGAUUGGUGAGCUGAUGCCUCGCCUUCCAUCAGAUGGUAUCUUUACAGUAGAUGCCCUUUUGGAGCGCCCAAACAGCAGUAUCCAAGACACAGUGCAGUGGCAGUGGAGAGAUGACCGUGGGCUGUGGCACCCAUACAGCAGCAUUGAUUCUCGCAUUAUUGAGGCUUCCCAUCAGUCCGGGGAGGAUGAGAUCAGUCUCUCUACGCAAGGCCGGACCUACACUGUAGACUUCCAUUCUAUGCAGCAAAUCAAUGAGGAUACUGGCACUACAAGACCUGUGCAGCGACGCCUCAACCCCAGUUCCCUCUCUAGCAACAUGGUGGAUAUGUCUGCCACUGUCAAUAGUACCAGCGUUAGUGACAAUGGCCUGCUGUCAACAGGUUCCACGUUCAGUGUGGGGGUAACAGUGGCAACAACCAGCACACGGUCCUCAGUUCUGAUGCCUGCUGGGUCUCUGAGUUCAAAUUCAGAAAGCAACCUAAGCUGUAGUAGUAAUGGCAGUGGUCGAGCUGCUGGCAAUGGCGCCCGAGAUGCCCGAGUGACUUGUCUGCGAGAGGAAAGAGGUCUAGCUGCCUCGUUUAUUCGGUCACUGUUCAGUGUGCUCUAUGAAGUGUACAGUUCAUCAGCCGGACCAGCUGUGCGCUGCAAAUGCCUGCGUGCCCUCUUGCGGAUGGUAUAUUAUGCUUCAGCAGAUCUGCUCAAGGAGGUACUGAAGAAUCAGGUGGUAUCCAGUCACAUUGCAGGAAUGAUGGCAUCUCAGGACCUUCGCAUUGUUGUUGGUGCUCUACAGAUGGCAGAAAUUCUUAUGCAGAAGCUGCCGGAAGUGUUUGGAGUACACUUUCGUAGAGAAGGGGUAAUGCACCAAAUCAAGAAGUUGGCUGACCCAGAUGUUCCUUUGGGCAUAUCUCCACCAAAGAGCAGCGAUUCCAGCGUAUCGAUGAAGCAGCAGGAGGUGAACUGUUCGCAGCCACAACCAGGCCCAUCAUCAGCCUUCAGCCUCUCUGUAGUGAACUCUGGUGGUGUAACUGCUGGAUCGUCUUCAUCUGUGAGCAGCGCUGGCCAAGUGGGAGUUGUGUCACGUAACACCAGUCCAAAUGGCAGCAUCAUGUUAGCAUCAAAUCUUGGGAGUAGUAGUGGACUGGUGUUCACAAGUAUGCCAACUCCAAGCCUUGCUCCUGCCAGCCCUGAACCCAGGCGAUUCACCCAGCAGCCAGACAUGGGAAUUGUAGAAGACACCCGGUCACCUAGCCCAUCGCAACUACGUUUAACUGAUGUGUUGAAACGGAAGCGCACCCCAAAGAGAGCUGUUACUUCAAAUCGCAAGACCAGGCAAGACUCUGAUAACAAUCUGUCAUCAUCAGUGAUGCAAGACCUCUUCUCCAAAGCUACAUCAUUGGGCAGUUCUGGACGAUCAACACCAACAGGAGGUAGUGGAGCCAGCUCGGCAAGGUCUCGGUUUGCUGGUGCCACGUCAAAAACAACUAGCUUCUUGGCCAGCCUGAACCCUGCGCGCUGGGGACGAAACCUGAAUAGCAGUGGUUCAGGUCUGACUGACAGACCUUUCCACAAGGAGUCUUCCAUGUCUAAGUCUUCAAGCAAUCCAAACCUGACAGCUGGCAACAAAGAAAAGGCUCGAAAUUGGGUUCGUGAACAAGCUUCUCAUUUUGUAGAUACCUACUCUGUGACAGAGAACAAUGGCCCACCUCAUCCUGCCAUGAAUGUGCUGUCCAGACUCACUCAGGCUAUACACAAGCUUCAGGCACAGCCGAAUGAAAGUCUGGUUGCCCUGGAAGAGCUGCGAAGUAUAGUAAUGGAGUCGGAUAUUUCACCAUUUGAAGUUAACCACAGUGGGCUAAUUCGGGCCAUUCUUCAGUAUGUCACACAACCUGAUAGUGCAGUCAUGGGCCCUCGGGAUCAGCGACUUCGUACAUUUCUUCAUGUGUUUACUGGAUGCCCUUUGGACCUAGAUUUCUGUGGUCGGCCUCCAGGUUGGAAUCCUGCAUCCAUGUCCGCUCUUGUUGCCAAGCUGAGUGGUUGUGUUUCGCAGUUAGAACAAUUCCCUGUGAAAGUUCAUGACCUGCCAGCAGGAACUGGCACAGGGAGAGGCAGUGGAACCAGUGCCCUUAAAUUUUUCAACACUCAUCAACUCAAGUGCAACUUACAGCGCCAUCCGGACUGCACAAAUCUGAAGCAGUGGAAAGGAGGGACAGUGAAAAUUGACCCUCUGGCUCUAGUGCAGGCUAUUGAGCGCUACCUGGUUGUGAGAGGGUACGGCCGGCUCAAGGAUAAAGACUCUGGGGAUUCUGAUGAUGACAACAGUGAAGAGGACAUUGACGAUACUCUGGCUGCUGUUGUGAUAAGCCAGGGCACAGCUCGCCACAGGCUGCAGUUCCUCAUAGGGGAUCAGUCCUUGCCAUACAACAUGACUGUGUACCAAGCUGUUCGUCAGUUCAGCCCAUCUGGGAAUGACCAAUCAGAGACAGAUACUGACAGUGAAGCUCCAUUGGGCAACUCGGGUGUCUGGGUCCAGACUCACACCAUCUACUAUAAACCAGUUCCUGAAGAUGAGAGCAGUGUAAGUAGCAAACCAGGAUCCAGUUGUACGCCUGGUCGCAAAGGCAAGGGCACCAGUACAAAGCUCAACUCACGUAGCCGUAAAGGAGAUGAUCUCUGGAACGAAGGCAUUGUUCCAGCACUACAAUCGCCACUGCAACCAUUCCUUAGCCCGCAACUUCCGGAUACAGUGUCAAUACAGGAUGCGUCUCUGGAAGUUCUGUGCCUGUUGCGAGUGCUCCAUGCCCUCAACAGAUACUGGGGCACGCUCUACCCUGCUGUGGAGUACAUGCCUAUCCUGAUUCAGCAGGACUUUGUGAACAGCAAGGUAGCUGCGAAGGCAAGUCGGCAGCUUCAAGACCCUCUCGUUAUCAUGACGGGUAACUUGCCCUCGUGGCUUCAGCAGAUAGCUGCUGUGUGCCCCUUUCUCUUCCCAUUUGAAACACGUCAGCUGCUGUUCUAUGCAACCUCCUUUGACCGUGAUCGUGCUCUGCAGCGGUUAUUGGAGUCGACUCCAGAACUGAGCAGUUCGGACUCAACGGAGCGGGUAACACCGAGGCUGGACAGACGGAAGCGCGUCAUUUCUCGAGACGAUAUUCUUAAACAAGCUGAACAAUUGAUGCAAGAAUCAGCUACAUCAAGAGCCUUGUUAGAAGUCCAGUACCAUGAUGAAGUUGGAACUGGCUUGGGUCCAACCCUGGAGUUCUAUGCCCUAGUAUCACGGGAGAUGCAGCGCUCAGACCUGGAGCUGUGGCAUGGUGAACGCUCUACUCCACAGAAUAAUGGUGCAUCAGGGGUAGCCACAAGCUACAUUCAUUCUGCAGUUGGCCUUUUCCCUUCCCCUCUUGGUCGUACAGCCAAGUCCAAUCAUGUUGCCAAAGUUAAAAGUAAAUUCCGCUUUCUGGGCAAGUUCAUGGCUAAAGCUGUAAUGGAUUCUCGAAUGCUCGACUUGCCAUUCAGUGUAGUAUUCUAUCGGUGGCUGCUAGGCCAGGAGUCCACUCUAUCUCUUCCAGACUUGGCACAUGUAUGCCCAGAAGUGCACCGUACACUGUGUCGCCUUCAGGAUGUUCAGCGCCUUAAAGAUCAGAUUGACAGGGAUUCUGACCUGACUGCUAGUCAGCGUAGGAAGUGGGCUGAGAAAUUAGACCUGGAUGGUUGCCCUAUACAGGAUCUCGGCCUUGAUUUUACGUUGCCUGGCCAUGCAGGCAUUGAGCUCCGCAAGGGAGGCAGAGACAUCUCUCUCUCUGUGCAUAACAUAGAUCAGUACGCAAAGCUGGUGUGCCAUUGGUUUCUGAUGGAGGGUGUGUCACGCCAAAUGGAAGCAUUUCGGGAAGGUUUCGAGACAGUAUUCCCACUGUCACAGCUGCAGAUGUUCUACCCAGAGGAACUGGAGGCUGUUUUUUGUGGUGGUGGAUUGGCAGCAGGGGGCAGUGCAAGUGGAUGGGAUGUUAAAACAUUAAUGGAAUGUUGCCGUCCCGAUCAUGGCUACACAGCAGAUUCACGUGCCAUACGCUUUCUCUUUGAAAUCCUUAGUCUCUAUGACCGUGAGGAGCAGAGGCAGUUUGUCCAGUUCGUCACUGGUUCGCCUAGGCUGCCUGUUGGAGGCUUCAAAAGUCUGUCGCCUCCUCUGACUGUUGUCCGGAAGACACUGGAACCCAACAUGAACCCUGAUGACUUUCUACCCUCUGUGAUGACAUGUGUGAACUACCUCAAGCUGCCAGAUUACUCAUCAUUGGAGGUGAUGCGAGCGAAGCUUGGCCUUGCUGCCAGAGAAGGUCAACAUUCCUUCCAUCUCUCCUAGUUGCUUUACUUUGCCAUACUCCCAUCUUAGCUCAAAUGCAUCAUAUGUUAACUGCUAUGAGAUUACUGCAGAGCACUUUGUGUGCAAGUAUUUCGUUUGAAGUAAUUGUUACAUUGCCCACUCAACGUCAUUUUUCCCUGCACAUGGAAGCUUCCGUCUUACUACUACAAACCGUUAUCCUUUGUGCAGUUUAUGAGUGGAAACCUGAUUUAUUUGCUUAAUAGGAAAGUAUAUUGAAAAUAUCCCACCUAUAUUCCAACCAAGGGCAUUGAUAUUUGUAACCCCAACUUCGUCAAAUUAAUAGCAUACAUAUACCGCUACUGACUUUGGCAAGGAAGCUGUCCUAUAAGAAUAAAAGCUCACACAAGCUGAACACAAAUGGAGAGGGAGGAUAAGAAUCUUGAGACACUAAUAGAAGCUGUUAGUGCUGCUCUUAGCACUGUAGAAACAGAUUUUGGAGAGUUGGGAUCCUUUCUAGUGAUAUUCGAAAGUUCAGAAGUUUUAAGUCGAACAGGAGGAAUGUGAACCAGGUGUGAAUAAAGGACAAACAGCAAUGAUGUUAACAUGAUCCAAGACACUCAGUUUUGUAAUAGAGCACGAGUGUUAUGUAUGAAAGUGAACACACUUAGAAGUGUGCCGUCUGAUUGCAAACAAGACCUGAUAUCAUGCUGUAUGUGAAUUAGAUAUGGUGUGCAUUGCGUGUGUAUGUUGUAUAUUCGCAUGUUUGUGAACGUACAUUCUGGAGGCUGUAAGAUAAUCUUUGAAGAACAGAACUGCAUUUCUUUAAUAUGUGUCCUCCACAGUGUGAAUUAAUUUUAAUAUACUUAUUCCUUAAAGUAAAACUUCAUACACUCUGAAGAAGAUUGUGAACCCUGUGAAGUGAGGUUUGGUGACCUUGGAGGAAGAUAUAUAUUAUAUAUCUAUGUUAAUUAAUUUUUUAAACUAGUCUUUCGAAGCAAGUUGGGUUUAUACUUCUAAUUUGCAUUCAUGUCAUUUUUUAUAUAUAAAUAUGUAUAAAACUGCCGAGCUAUGCACGAUCAUUUGCAGCACUGCUGAGUCCAAAAUUGUGAGAGAAAUAAUAUUUCUAGGGUGCAUCCAUUGUCAAGCAGCAUGGAAUUUGUAGUGUACUGUUUAAAACAUGAGGAAAAUGAUUGUUGUGAAUGUUGAGUGGGACUAAAGACUUCUUGUCUUUCAGCUUGUUUGUUGCCUACAAAACAUUUGUUAUAAUAAAUAAGCCAGGCAAUACAAGGAAAGUGGUAGAGAUGUGAUUUAAAGUAAAGGGAUAAAAACAUUCUGAAAUGGAAACUUCCCACAAGGUACAUAUAAAUCAGGUGUAGUAUCACGGUUGGCAGCUCUGUAUUUUCUUACUUCAGUAUACCACAGUAGGACACAUGGCAAGACAAUGGUAAAAAGAUUCUAAAUAUUGGUUUGUAUUUAAUGUUAAUGGUGCAGUAAAUUUUCUGUUCAUGCUGGAGUUAAGUUGUGUUCUCAUAAAUUUCAGUUACUGUGUUCAAAAUCUUGUUUUGUUCCCAUAUCUUGCUUUGUCUUCAAUUAUAUGGACACAUUAUCUUAGUCCCAUACAUAUACGUGUAUAUAUUGUAAUACAUCCAUACAUGUCGAGCAUUGUGAUAAAUGCAAGCUUAAUAUGGUUUGCACAGCUUUAGUUUGUGAAACGUUGAAUUGUUCACUAUGCAUAAGAAAAGAUUCUGUUUUUCUCUCAGAAGACUGUGUACACGGAUGGUGAGUGAGCUGUAUGUCAGAGUGAAAAGUGUUUAAAGUUUUAUUAUUUGGCAAACUAAUUUUUGUUGUAUAAAACUGUUUUCCAAUUCA